UUUCCGGAUAAGGAAGCGGCCCGUGCUGCCACGCAGUCGCCGGACCGCGGGUGGGGCCUUCUGGGAGUUGUAGUCUGUUGGGGCGAGGGCCGUCGGGAUGGAAGCUUCCUGGCGCCAGGUGGCCGGUGGCCGAGGCCGAGCCCGGGGACGGGCCACUGCCGCCCCCUCAGGAAAUGGAAUCCAUCUCCGCGGCGCCGGAGGAGGGCGAGAGAAGGGGUCGGUGGGCGCGGUUCCUUUUGGCGCCAGUCCGGGAGGAGUCGCGACCUCGGCGGCUUCAGGGAGCAGGCACAGCCCAGCGGGAUCCCAAGCCCUGCAGACUCCCGCAGCCAGCGAGCUAAUGUCUCAGAAAAAAUUUGAAGAAAUCAAGAAAGCUAACCAAGCUGCAGCCAGAAAACUUGUUGAAGAACACUUUAGCUCUUCAUCUGAAGAAGAAGGAGAUGAAGAUUUUGAAGGAAAACAAGGAAAAAUAGUUGCAAAUACGUUUAUAACAUACACUACUCAGACAGAUGGAGAUACACGUGAAUUAGAGCGAACAAAACAAUAUGUAAAUGAAGCUUUUCAAGCAGGGGCUAUGACAUGCUUAAUUUGUAUUGCUUCGGUGAAGAGAAACCAAGCAGUUUGGAGCUGUUCGGGAUGUUUCUGUAUAUUUCACAUGCCCUGUAUCCAGAAGUGGGCUAAAGACAGCGAGUUUCUUGUAUCUUCUGUGACUGAUGAUGAUUUUGGAAAGAGAGAUUAUCCCUGGCCUUGUCCAAAAUGUAGGUUUGAGUACAAACGAUCUGAAACACCUAGUAGAUACUAUUGCUAUUGUGGAAAAGUGGAAGAUCCACCUUUAGAUCCGUGGCUUGUGCCUCAUUCAUGCGGCCAAGUAUGUGAGCGUGAAUUUAAACCUUCUUGUGGCCAUAAAUGUUUACUCCUCUGUCAUCCAGGUCCCUGCCCUCCUUGUCCAAAGAUGGUCACAACUACUUGCUACUGUAAGAAAGCAAAACCUAUCCCUCGUAGGUGCAGUGCCAAGGAAUGGUCUUGUCAGCUGCCAUGUGGACGGAAGUUGCUUUGUGGGCAACAUAAGUGUGAAAAUCCUUGUCAUGCAGGAAGCUGUCAGCCUUGUCCAAGAGUUAGUAGACAAAAGUGUGUCUGUGGCAAAAAAGUAGCCGAAAGAAGUUGUGCAAGUCCACUAUGGCACUGUGAUCAAAUAUGUGGAAAAACACUGCCAUGUGGUAAUCACACAUGUGAGCAAGUUUGCCAUGUUGGUGCUUGUGGAGAAUGUCCUCGAUCUGGGAGAAGGUUCUGUCCAUGUCAGAAAUCAAGGUUUUCUUUGCCUUGUACAGAAGAUGUACCAACUUGUGGAGACAGUUGUGACAAAGUACUUGAAUGUGGAAUUCAUAGAUGUUCACAGCGUUGUCACCGAGGUCCCUGUGAAACAUGUAGACAAGAAGUGGAAAAGCAUUGUCGCUGUGGAAAGCAUACAAAACGAAUGCCUUGUCAUAAACCUUAUCUGUGUGAAACUAAAUGUGUUAAGAUGCGUGACUGUCAGAAGCAUCAAUGUAGAAGAAAGUGUUGCCCUGGAAACUGUCCACCUUGUGAUCAAAACUGUGGACGGACUUUAGGAUGUAGAAAUCAUAAGUGUCCAUCUGUCUGUCACAGAGGCAGUUGCUAUCCCUGCCCAGAAACCGUAGAUGUGAAGUGUAAUUGUGGCAAUACAAAGGUGACAGUGCCCUGUGGCCGAGAACGUACCACAAGACCACCCAAGUGUAGGGAGCAAUGCAGUCGACCACCAACUUGUCAUCAUACAAGUCAAGAAAAACAUCGCUGUCACUUUGGCUCUUGUCCACCAUGUCAUCAACCUUGCCAAAAAGUUUUGGAGAAAUGUGGUCAUUUGUGUCCUGCUCCGUGUCAUGAUCAAGCAUUAAUAAAGCAGACUGGCAGGCACCAGCCUACAGGCCCUUGGGAACAGCCUUCUGAGCCAGCAUUUAUUCAGACUGCAUUACCAUGUCCUCCAUGUCAAGUUCCUAUUCCUAUGGAGUGUCUUGGGAAACAUGAGGUGAGUCCACUACCAUGCCAUGCUGUAGGACCCUACUCUUGUAAAAGAGUUUGUGGAAGAAUCUUAGAUUGUCAGAAUCACACAUGUAUGAAAGAAUGCCACAAAGUAACCAAAAUUGAUGGCUGCACUGGAAAAAACAAGGUAAUGUUCUUAGAUUGA